ACGACAAAAUAAGCACUCGGUUGAACACUCCAGAAAUUAAGACUCAAGGCAAAUCCAACACUUCCUUCCCUUGUUUCUGGCUAUAUAAGUUUCCCCCUUGAAUCCUUCAAUUCAAGCUCAAAUCUUUUUUUUUCCCAAACCCCAACUUGUUUUUCUCCGACAUGGGUCUGAUUUUCGGCAAGAUCACCGUGGAAACCCCAAAAUACGAGGUUGUUCAAUCCACAGCCGAUUACGAAAUCCGAAAGUACCCACCUUCAGUGGCGGCACAAGUCACAUACGAUCCAUCACAGUUCAAGGGGAACAAAGACGGCGGCUUUACCUUGUUGGCGAAUUACAUCGGCGCUUUAGGCAAUCCCCAGAAUUCGAAACCGGAAAAGAUUGCAAUGACGGCUCCGGUGAUAACUAAAUCGUCCGACAGUGAAAAGAUUGCCAUGACUGCUCCUGUGGUUACGAAGGGCGACGACAAUAACACGGUCACCAUGCAGUUCCUGUUGCCGGCUACGUACAAGAAUGCGGAGGAGGCGCCUAAGCCGUUGGAUGAGAGGGUGGUUAUAAAGGAGGAAGGUGAGAGGAAAUAUGCGGUGGUGAAGUUCGCCGGAGUAGCGACGGACAAAGUGGUGGAAGAGAAGGUGGAGAAUCUGAAGAAGAGCUUAGAGAGAGAUGGAUAUAAGGUGACUGGUGACCACUUGUUGGCUAGGUAUAAUCCUCCAUGGACCAUACCAGCUCUUAGGACUAAUGAAGUCAUGUUACCAGUCGAGUGAAUGUCUGUUUACCUGUUCUUUUUCUUACAAUUAUAAGCAUUUGUCUGUUUGUAUAUC